AUGUCUCUGAAUAAAGGCAUUCUCGCAUCCGGUGGGCUAGCAUUGCUCUCUCACUUGUGGUUCAAUCGAUAUGAAUCUACUGAUUGGACGUCGCUGGGGAUCUUGCUUGGUGUAAUCCCUGCUAUUCCAUUAGCCAUCUUCCGAGAAUCCCUGAAUUCGACACUUCUGGCCAUCGUCGUGGCGUACUUCACAUACUAUAGUGUUUUGCUGCUAUCUAUCGGAACAUACCGCUUGUCACCAAUACACCCUCUCUGGAAAUAUCCAGGCCCUGUGGUUUGCAGGCUCAGCAAGUUCUGGUUGUGCUAUUUGCAAUCUCGCGGGAAGCUUCAUAUAUACUUUAAGCAACUUCAUGAUAAAUAUGGACCCGUUGUACGCGUUGGCCCAAACGAGCUAUCUAUCUUAGACGUCAGUUUGUUACCAUCCAUUUUGGGCGCGAACGGAAUGCCUAAAGGCCCAAUGUGGGACGGAAGGCGAUUUUCCGAGAGUAAAGACAAAGACCCGAAGGCACCGAAAGGUCAGCUUAUCUCGACACGCGAUUUGGAGCACCAUCGAAAUGAACGACGCAUGUGGAACCGCGCAUUUACGACGCCAUCUGUGAAGAAGUACGAACCGAUCGCGAUACGCAGAAUAUCUCAGAUGGUCGAUAUAUUGCAGAGAAAAUGCAGUGGAGCAGGGAAAAGUGGAUUGCGGCUGAAUCUGUCACAGUGGAUCAGCUUCUUUGCGUUCGACUUUAUGGGCGACUUUGUCUUCGGCGGUGGGUUCGAUUUGAUGCAGGACUGCGACAAACAUGGCAUCUUGAACCUCCUAUCCGAUGGAAUGUAUUUGCCAUCUCUAACACAGCACAUCCCGUGGUGCCUCAAAGGCGUGCUCUCGAUGCCGGGUGUCGCUAUGUCCAUGAAAUCACUGGCUCAGUUUGCGCACAGGGAGACGGCAAGGAGAAUAAAGGAGGGAGCUGUCUUUGACGACCUUUUCUACCAUCUCAAUGACGAAGCCAAGCUCGAGGACAAGCCUGUCCCGUUGCCCGCAGUGUUAUCCAACGCAGUAACUGCGAUUAUAGCUGGGUCGGAUACCACCACAUCAACACUUACUGCUGCAAUGUGUUUCCUCAUCGAGAAUCGGUCGUGCUUCACACGCCUUCGGGCUGAGAUUGAUGCCGCGUUCCCAUUUGGCCAGGUCGCUCCAACUGAAGCAGGAAAGCUUGCGCAGUUGGAAUAUUUAAAUGCAGUCAUAAAUGAAACCCUCCGCAUGGAGCCUCCUGUACGGACGGGAUUGCAGCGUGCUCCUGCGCCGAAGAGUGGUGGGCAUAUGCUUGGUUCAAGCAUAUUUUUGCCCGAAGGCACAGCAGUCUAUGCCUCUCCGUAUGUGUAUCAUCGUGAUCCUCGGUACUUCUUCCCGGAUCCUGAUCGCUUCUGCCCUGAGCGGUGGCUGUCUAAAGGAGAGCCUGGUGCUGUGCUGAACACCAGCGCUUACUUUCCAUGGUCGUUGGGACCCGCCAACUGCGUGGGCAAGCCGGUCGCGCAGUUAGAAAUGAGGACGGUUCUCGCGAACUUGAUUCAAGCCUUCGAUUUUGAAUUUGCAGAUGGAUAUAGCUACAAAGCGUACGAUGCGAAAUCUUUGGACUACUUUAUCACACACAAGGGCCCUCUUCCUGUGAUCAUGAAGGAACGCUGUGCUUGA